AUGGAGCCGCCCCGACCGGCCCAGCAACAGCCUAAUGCUGGGCCUUUCAUACUUCGUGACCUCCUGGCCGACGUGCCCUUGUCUGCCGACGGCUCCAGAGACGACAUCAAGAUAAAUUGCAUCGAAUACCUCGACAACAAUCUCUACGUCGGCACCUCCAACUCUGAGUUGCUCCACUUCGUUCAGAUACCUCCAGAUCCGAGUGACAAGACGGGCACCCCAAUCUUUAUCCUAGCGUCCCGACUCGAGCCAGCCUUUGCACAACCGGCUGGCGGUAGCACUGCCAGGCCUGGCGUGCAACAAAUCCUGCUCUUGCCGAGAGUUGGCAAGGCGUGCAUCCUCUGCAACUGGACAGCGACAUUCUACUCGCUACCAGAGCUUAGUCCCGUCUUUGGUACAACGCAGGUCAAGAAUUGCGGAUGGAUUGGUGGCGUAGACCUCAACCAACUUGCUCUUGAUCCCAACGAGCGCGAUGGGCAAGGUGUGUCGAUCUUGCUGUCCUUGACCAGGCGCAUACAGGUCGUCAGGAUAGGCGACGAUGCGCGGGUACUCAAGAAAAUCGACUUUGCCGGCACAACGCUCUCCGUUCGCCGAGACUCGAUCGCCUGCGUGGCGGAUUCCCGGAGUUAUGCCCUUGUCGAGGUCGAACGGCAGCUCAAAAUCCCGCUCAUGUCCAUAUCCUCACUCGAUGAUGGCCGGCCAGGCGAUGUGGUCGGUCAAGCUCAGGAUAUAUCAUCAAGUACUGGGGGUGGGCUGUUGCGUAGUAACUCCUCAACCCAGGCCCGGUCUCAGAACACAAGCCCAGACGCAUCUUCACAUCGACGAGGCACAAGUCUUGGCAACCUCAUCAGCGGUACCCGCCGGCAAGAGCCUCGCGCAAACGAUGAGGAACCGGUAUUCCAACAGCCAUCGCCGCCAGAUCCUGCUUCUAGUCCACGGCCGCCAGAAGAAGUUCCGGGGCCCGAAAAUACUCCUUCCGUGUCCGUGACACCAGCGCAGAGUGACGUGCCGCCUCCGGUACCACCGAAGCCAGGCCCAGUCUUUCUAAAGCCUCACAUAGUGUCGCCAACACCAGAAGAGUUCCUCUUGGUAACCGGUACUGGCCCACUGGAACCAGGUAUCGGCAUGUUCGUCAACCUCGAUGGAGAUCCUACAAGACCUACCAUCGAGUUCGAUAGAUACCCGAAGGAGAUUGUAGUCGAUGGCGGAAAUAUGGAUUUCGCCGCUUCACGCAUGUCCAUUGACUCUGAUGCAGAUGGCUAUGUACUGGCAUCGAUGGGCAGAGACUUCGCCGAUGGGCUUCACUACGGGUUGGAGAUCCAACGAUUUGACGCCGAUGGUGAGCCUGUCAGGCAUUGGCUCGAGCCUCCCAUUGCAGGCAGCUCGCCGCAGAAUCUCGGCAUCAGGUCGCUCUUAGGGCUAAACGAGACCUUCAUACAGGAGAUUAUCGAUAAUCUCUGUCGGCGACGUUUCAAGCCAUUCUCGCUAAAUGGCGUGGACCACCCUGCUGCCUCCAUGAAGAGCCUGGACUCUCGGACUGCUGCUUCUAUGGAGAUGGUGUCAAGAGAGAAGGAAUUGUUCGAACGUGACAACGACUCCCAGGAUGAUGACUCGCUGUCCGAAGGGUGGGAAGCAACACGUACUGCCGAAGAGGAAGAUUUCGCAAGGCGGCUUGCCACUACCACGACUCGUGUGGCGGUAUGGUCUGGUGCGAAUGUCUGGUGGGCGAUCAGAAAUCCGCUGAUCUUGCAACUUGACGCGAGACUUGCUGAUGCCACGGCCACGACAAACGAUGCAGCUGCAAAGAGAAAAGGAAUCUUUGAGAUCCUCGCCUCAUUACGAGACCGCGAUGCACGUUCAGAGUUGGAGUUCUUGACAUUCAGCUACGUGCGGCAGCGGGCUGGCAUCUUGCUACUCCAGAGCUUUCUAGACGUCAAAGACAGCCCAUUCCUGGACUCUGAAGCGCGUCUGAUGGAAGAGGUUCUUGUCGAAGGACUUCUGGAUCCGCGCGUGAUCCUUUCGCUUAUCCCAGGCGUGCGUAAUGAAGUCAUCGAGACGCGCCGUGGAAUCUGGAUCUACGGCGGAGUGAAGAGCACGGCCGACGAACUCAUCAAGCAAAGCGGAUUCGACAAAGCCAGCACGAGGUCUUCUCUGGAUGGGCUAUCUCUAAAGAUCCUCCAUUUCCUGCGUCGCUACUUGACGGCCUGGCGACGCAAGAAAGGCUUUGGCAGCAUUCCCGAUGAGAGCGAGGUAUUCCGAACGGUAGAUGCCGCAUUGCUGGCAGUGCUACUCGAGCUUGACAAGAGUUCAGCUGCUGACCAAGAUCACCCAUUCCGGGCUGAGCUAUACGAGCUUGUCGACAGCGGUGUGGACUGCUUUGACCGGGCUGAGACAUUAAUUGAGAAUCAUCGGCGCCUCUUUGUGCUAAGUAGGCUGUAUCAGAGCCGGAGGAUGGCUGGCGAAGUCUUGGAAACCUGGAAACGCAUAAUCGAGGGCGAGCCAGAUGAUGGUGGCGAACUUGUCGAAGGCGAGCAAAGGGUUCGCGAAUAUCUCCAGCGCAUCAGUAACCAGGCACUGGUCCGACAGUACGGUACCUGGCUUGCAAAUCGCAACCCCAGACUCGGAGUCCAAGUCUUCGUAGAGGACCAGGGGCGCGCUCGAAAGUUCGAGUUUGAGCCUACAGAGGUUGUCAGACUCUUGAGAGCCGAGGCACCUGCUGCCGUCAAGUACUACCUCGAGUUUCUCGUCUUUGGAAAAGGCCACACCAUAUACGUCAACGAGCUCAUUCAGUACUAUGUUGACAUCGUCAUUGGCCGCCUCGAAACGUCGGCGGAAGCCCGAGAAGUCGUUCUUUCAACUUACACUUCAUACCGGGCAUUGCAGCCCCCGAAACCCACCUACCGUCAAUUCUUGACUGAUAACGCCCCAAAGGACGACGAGGCGUGGCAGAGUCGCCUGCGUCUGCUCCAGCUCCUGGGUGGGCAAUACACAUAUGACUCGGCCAAGAUUCACGACCGCAUAUCCGCAUUGCGCGAGAUUGGGGAGGAUCUCCUCGUGCCCGAAACCAUAAUUCUCAAUGGCCGGGAGCGCAACCACGAGGAUGCACUGCGGCUUCUUGUACAUAAGCUGGGCGACUACGACACAGCUGUAGCGUAUUGCCUGCGCGGCGGAGCCAGCAUCUACAGCAUCUACCAAGCCCCCAUAGCCUCCGCACCUCCAACAUCAGACCAACAGGGUCACCUCUUCCAGGCUCUCCUAGGGGAGUUCCUUGCCCUCGAGGACAUGAGCAAUCGCAUAGAGCAGACCUCGCUGCUGCUCGACAAGUUUGGGGGGUUCUUUGAUGUCGGCGACGUGCUCGCGCUGAUUCCGGAUUCUUGGAGCGUGGAUAUCGUGGCGGGGUUUCUCGUAAAGGCGCUGCGGCGCCUUGUCGUGGCCCGGCACGAAGCCGCCGUUGCGCGCAGCCUGAGUUCGGCGCAGAACCUGAGAGUGCAGCACGACUUGGUAUCGAAAAUCGAUGAGAAGGGGCCUACGGUGGAGACUGCUUGA